AAAUUGACCCCUUUUACACAUUUCUAUUUACCAUCAUAUAAAAUGGCUCUUCACCAAUCACUUUUGGAACCACCAGCCAACCUAAGGCAGGCCCUUGAUUGGAUCACAUCCAUCAAGAAGAGCAACGGUACCUUCCCUUUGGCAGCUGCCGUAUUCAAAUUCCUCAUCCAUGGCGGCAAAGGAACUACAAAAUGCAAAACUGGUAACAAUUUAGAACUCCCUUUGGAUGAGGAAGAUCAAGAGAAAUUGGUAGUAAGCACCCCUGGAUGCUGGGAUUCCUUCCUUGCCUGCAUCAGAGUGAAGAAGGAAAAGCAAACUACCACCAUGGGUAACGAGGUAUUCGGUGCCCAUUUUGCACGUACUAUUGAAGGGCUUGCAAGGUACCUAGUCAAGAUUACCCACUCGGGCCUUUACAAAUCCACCUACAGCUCCCAAGCGACAUGGGCGAGUGACUGCGCCAAAGACCCAAACAAGUGUGUUGCCAUCUUCGUUGCUAUAGCAAGGCCUAUUUACGCCACUAUUGACUCAAUCAGACAACAGUGCACCAACGGCACACGCUCUGAAUGGAGCAAGGUAGAUACACGCGGUGACAAGCACAUCGGUGACUCCUACGUGAAGAACGGUUUCGACAUCGAUCAAAUGUGCCCACAGUCCACUUGCAGGGAUGUGGAAAAGGUACGCCAAAGCUUUUGGGGCGACUUCGAUGUCAUCAAGAGCCUGAUCAAGAAACACAGCAAAGCAAAGCCAGCAUUUAAGGCAGCGGAUAUUGACGAGGUAUCCGAUGAAAUCUUGAUGUGGAGUGCAGUUGCCGCCGCUGCUCUUAACAUUUAAGAUCACAAAACAGCUGCAAGUUAAUACGCACACCUUACAGUUCAACGGUUCCCCGGGCUCUGGCUCCAAGCAUGGAUAGCUUGACGACGCACAGCAGCGUGCCAUAGAGACCCGACCAACAACGUGAUUACCCUGAUGACAGUUGAAUGUACAUCGAUUUGCGCAUGUGGACGCUGCCAUUGUACAUGGUACACGCAUCGAUGGACAAUACAGUACCAAUUGAGGACACGUCAUCAAUACAAACGUAACCGUUCCUAAAUGAAGAAUUAAAACCGAAAGUUUUAAUCAACUCUCA